CAAGUCGUCCCCCAAACCCAAAGCGAGCGAGAGCCGUGGCUACUGGCCAAACCCCCCCUCGCCGCCUCCUCCCGAAAUUCCUCCAAAUCCGGAGCCAAUGGCGCCGUCCCCUCCCACCCCGGCGGCACCCAAAACAAUCGCCGACUUCUUCGCGCGCCCCGCCAAGCGCCUCCGGGCGGGCAGUGCCGCUCCGGCCGCCUCCCUCUCCUCCUCCCCUUCCUCGCUCUCGCCGGAGCAGCGCCGCCGCGCCGACACCAACCUGGCGCUCGCUCGCGCGCGCCGCAACCUCCGCCUCGCCGAGUCCAAAGCGCAAGCAUCGGGGGGCGCACCGAAGCUGGAGGAGCUCCUCGUGGAGGAGACGUGGGCGGAGGCGCUCCACGGGGAGCUGCGCAAGCCAUACGCGCUCGAGCUCUGCCGCUUCGUCGCCCACGAGCGGCUCCACGGCCCGCUGCCCGUGUACCCGCCGCCGCACCUCGUGUUCCACGCGCUCAACGCCACCCCGUUCGACCGUGUGAAGGCUGUCAUCAUCGGUCAGGAUCCAUACCAUGGCCCUGGUCAGGCCAUGGGGUUGUCUUUCUCAGUACCGGAGGGGAUAAAAAUACCUUCUAGCCUAGGUAACAUUUUUAAAGAGCUCGAAAAAGACCUAGGCUGCACUGUGCCAUCACAUGGAAAUCUGGAAAGAUGGGCCGUGCAGGGUGUUCUUAUGCUCAAUACUGUCCUAACUGUGAGGGAGCAUCAAGCCAACUCACAUGCCAAGAAGGGAUGGGAGCAGUUUACGGAUGCAGUCAUUAAGACUGUAUCACAAAAGAAAUCAGGAUUAGUAUUCCUUCUUUGGGGAAAUUCUGCUCAAUCUAAGACAAGAUUGAUUGAUGAAACAAAACAUCACAUUUUGAAAUCUGCUCAUCCAUCAGGCCUGUCUGCAAACAGGGGUUUCUUUGGAUGCAGGCACUUUUCCAAAACAAACCAGAUCCUUGAGAAGCUGGGGCUAUCUGCCAUCGAUUGGCAGCUCUAAAAAUUCCAAGACAACAUGUGAUUCCUCUGUUUGAGCUUGACAACCACCGUUGCAGGGAGUGGAGCAGAAGCACAUGCCUCAAGGGCCAUCCUAUUCGGUUUGUGGCGACAUUAAAUUAUAUACAUGGCCGAUUUGGAUAUGAGUGCUUAACUCUACUGACGCUUUGUAUAGCCCUUCUUUUGUAUCGUGUCUUAUCCUGCUUUAUUUACUUUGGCACCAAAUUUUUCUGGCCAUUGCGGUUGUCGUAAGUACGUGCACCUACUUUGUUUGGCAGUAGGACACGCCCAUUUGGGCUGCCUUGUUAGAUCUGAGCAUCUGACGUACUAGAGCUUAACAACCACCCUGCCCGUACAUGUUUUUAACCACCGUAUGUGCAUAAAGUCAGAUCGUCCUUCCUCA